AUGAAAAUAUUUAGUAACAAAAUAAAGGAUAAUUACAAGAAUAACAAUGACCAGAAGAGAGGAUUAUUUUAUGUUGGAACAAGGGCGCCAUUAAUAAAAAAUUUUUUGGAACUAUAUUUUAAGCUGCUUUUUAUUUUUUAG